UUGGCGGAAGGGAGAGUGCAAUGAAAUAGACAAAACCACUAGAAGGAGAAUAUUGCCGAUCAGAUGUUCCUUACGCCGCUGCAAAGGGGUUCCCCACUCCUCAAUUGCCGAUCUGCAGCCGGACCAUCAUCUGCCAUCUCGUCUGCAAUAACGCCACCACCAACAUCCACACAACUAUGGAUCCAACCUACAGUUGCGGCAAGUGCGGCGCGUCUCUCAACCUGAGCAAGAGCCACGAAUACCCUCCCGACUUUUACUUCGACGCCGGGAACAAGGGCACCCUCUCCUUCUCAUGCGUCGAUGGUUCCAGGUUCAAUUUCGAAAAGGAGGACAAGAUCAUGCCCUUCUUUGAGACGAUCAACUACUGGGGGAUCCAGAGGAAGAGGAUCAAGAUGAAGUGCGUCAGCUGCGGCAGCCUUCUGGGAUACGUCUACGACGAUGGUCCUCCCCAGACGGCGACCCCGGGCCAGUUCCAUAUGGGCCCAAGCCAGGCCAUACCCAGGUUCCCUCGGUUCAGGCUCAAACUCAAGGCCCUUUCCAUACAGCCGUCCAGACCUUUUUCCUCCUAGAAGAUCAGGCUGUCUGCUGCCCGGACCUGGUUAUAUGGGCCACUCUUUAUCAUUAAUGAUUAAAAUACGCUUAGUUUACACUGAAUUUUUUUUUUUGUUAAGACAAAAAUUAACAUUAAAAAAAAAAUAAGACUCUAGAAAUUUUUUUUUAACAAAUUACCAAAAUGUUUUUUUUUCCUCUUUUACUACUUUCUAUGCGCCUGUACGUGUUUAUCUCUACCGACUACCAUGUCAUGUGAACAUGAAUUAUUGUGCUUGUAUAUUGUUGAGACUUUCUCGGUUUAUUUCUUUCAAACUAGCAAUCUUGCACCAUUGGAGGAGAAACUUGAGUUGAUGGUUGACCCAGUUACGUUGUCUUCUAAAGGAAAGGAAAUGAGCAGUAGUAGGCUUAUAAAAUUCACUGUCUUCUUAGCACGUCA